AGAUGUCCAAAAACUCUAAUACGCAACAAAAUGAACAAAAGCCAUAUUUUAAAAUAAUUUUUGAUAGUGAGCAAUCGGAAUAUGUAAAUAGUACUUUGGUUUUUAAAGAAAUGGUUAAAAAAUAUGUGUAUUAACUUAACUAUUAUCAAUCAUAAAUUAUGAUUAGUGAUUUGAUUUUAUUAUGGGAAUCUGGGUAAUUAAAAGAUAAAUUAAACAUUUCAGGGUACAUUGAAUUAAAGUCUCUGUUUUAAGAUUUUUUUUAAAUUUAAGCAAGCAAGAAUACAUCAACCAUUUUACCCAUUUGUUUUAUAAAUAAAGAAGGAAAUAAACGAUAAAUAAUUACCAAAUAUUAAGUUGAUACCAAAUUAAAGAGUUUGGAAAAAUAAUUUGAUGAAUUGUUACCUAAACUUUCUUAAUAUAUUGAUUUUAAUGGUAAAGAAUUGAAUGUUGUUAUUGAUACAGCUUUAAAUAUUUAACAAUAAUAGCUUCAACUAAUCUAAUCCAAAUAUUCCUAGCCGAAUUUAGAUAGUUAUAUUCAGAAAAGAUAUUUUUUCAAAUUAUAUUUUACAAACCCUAAAAAAGACUAUGAAUAAUUAUCCGAGGGGUAUUUUAACGAAAUUUUUCAAUCCAUAAAAAACGUAAAAAGCUCUCUAUAUAAAAUUUCUGUCUAUGAUUUAUUGAUUGAAGCUGAUUUUAACACUUUGAAAUCUGUUUAUUUUUAAGUUAAAAAUUAAUCAGCGUUAGAACAUUUUCAGAUACAAUAGAGUAUUAUUGGCGAUUUAUAAUUAAAUAAUUAUUUCCUAACUUAGUUGUUUAUAUCAGAAUAAAAUAUAUAAAAUAAAAAUAUUUAAAAUAAAUUUCUGACAGAAAAGAAUUAAGAAGAAUAUAUCUAAGUAUAAAUUAACGAAGAAUUAAAUUCUUUUGAUCUUUUUUAAAAGGCCUUUCAAACUAAUAAUGCAUAAAUAGAUUUGAAAUUUCUGAAAUUUAAAGAAGAAUUAAUAAAUUAAUUAAAAAUAAAAUUUUGGGUUUUCGAAAAUGAAAUACCUUAAAAUAAUGAUGAAUUUGAUAAUAAAAUAAAAGAAAUUUUUAACAAUUAUUCUAAAGCUAUUUCAAUAAAGAUUCCAUUUAACCGUCAAUUUUAAAGUCUCAUUUAAAGUAUUAUAGAUAAUGAUAAAAUGGAAGAAUUAAUUGAAUAAAUUUUAAAUAACAAAAUAAACCAAAUAGACAAAUAUGUUUUAGAUAAAUUUCAAAAUUAAAAUUUUCCUGAGUUAAAAACAGAAUUAGGUAAGAUAUACGAAGGAAAUAAGUAAAUGUACUUAAUAUAGUUAAGAAAUAAUCCCUUAAUUAUUUAAUAAGUUGAUAUUAUUAUGGAUUAUUGUACCAGAAUCAAUAUAAUCAUUUAAAUUUUGCGUCCUUAAACGUAAAUGACUAUUGAUUUUACUAAUUCUGAUUAAUAAGAUUACUUAAAAUAACUAUUUUAAUAAAAUUUUGAAAAUUGUCAAGACCUGGGUUUUGAUGGAUAAUUUUUUUUAGAAUCAUUAUAGCAGACAAAUAAAUUUUGUCCUCUUUUAAGUAUUGAUAAAUCCACUUCAUUUAAGAAAUAUAAGAAAAAGUUUUUGGUAGAAAGAUAAAGGAAAUAAGCAUUAGAAAAAAAAAUUGAGAACUAAAAAAAAUAAAAAGUUGCUGUAAAACUUUAAUUUUUAAAUUAUGAAAAAGUUAACAUUUUUAACUUUCUAAAAAAUUAAGAUUAUGAUUAAUAAUAGCUUUCGCUAUAUGAAAAUAAUACAUGGAAUUAAUUUUAAGACUCAUUAAUUAAAGAGUGUGGUAUAUAUCUAGAGACUUAAGGAAAAAGGUUGAGGGAAUUAAAAUUUAAUGAAGAAAAAAUUAAAGCAUAAGAAUUGUGUAAGGUAAUGUAGAUACCUUUUUAAUUUAUAGAAAGAAUAUUUAAUAAUAGUUAUGAAUAAAUGAAAGAGGAUGAUGUUAUUCAAGAUUUUGCCUCAUUAUUUCUUGAGAUUAGAAAAGAAGAUAUAUAGUGUCUUAAAGAAUUAUAAAAAUAUGUAGAAAUAGAUGGUGGAAUUAUAGAUAAUAGAAAAUAAGAACUAAAAGAAUUUUUUGAAUAAAAGGGUUAAAUAGAUUAUGAAUCAUUAGACGAUUUAAGAAGAGGUGUUGAAUCUAUGUUUUAAUAAAACAGGUUAGAUAGAUUUGGAAAAUAUUUUAAUGCAAAAGACUCAAUAUUAAAAAUAUAAUAAGAAUUUAAUAAAGAAUGCAAUGAAUUACUGUAAAGUCCUCUUCAAUUUAAUUAAUUUAAAUUAGAGUAAUCUUAAUUAGGACUUGAAAUAAAGGAAAUCAAUAAAAUAAUAAUAAAUUUUUAUGAAAAGCAAUUAAUUGAUUAUUUGAGAUAGGUAUUAUUAUAAUGA